AUGUUAAAGCGUAUGGAACAGCCUUGUCUUUAUCUCAAGACAGCACCAUCGCAUUCCAGCCCGCGCAUUAUGGGGAACAACAGCAAGAAUCAUAUCAUCCCAACCGCAGGGCUAGAUGAACACACAAGCCCGCGCUGGAAAGUAAUGUACUACAUCCACAAGUCACUAAAUGGGCGAAGAGAUGCCAAGAAGAACCGAGUUGCCGGAAUUUUUGUUGAAGGGGAAAGCCCGUGGCAGUUUCAAGCCGAUUUCGUCGAGCAACGUGCGGAACAGUUGUGCAGACGCAUCACGAGAGACUGCCCCUUGGAUCUGCUCUACUAUGGCCGCCCACUGGGAUUGGUAUCAUGUGUGCAAGCGGAUUUACCAGCUUACGAGUACUGGGGUAAGCAUGGGUUUUGCGAAUACUGCUGGGUUGAAAGAGACGGGACGAAUGAUGGAAAUGGUGCAACCACAGAAAUGCAGCCGCCUGCGCAGGAUGCAGCAGGUCGCCUGCACAGCACAUCACACUUGUGCCAGCACCCAUCUACUCAAGCUUUACCUGCUUUCGCGCGCUCCUCGGUCACUGCGUCCGACAGUACAGAGAUUUCGAAUACCAUGGCUGCAGCCGAUCAACAUGCGAAUGUAGUGCCAACGACUCGCUAUGCAUCUAUGUUAUCAGAUCACCAUUCAAUGCGCGCCGUCGGCGCAGUGCCUCACGGAUGGUCCUCCCCACCCAAUGUCGCAGGUCAGGACCAAUCUUCUGCGGCAUCAAUUCGGCCAGACGAGGCACUUGUCGAUCGAAGACUCGCUGCAUUGCGGAGCAGCAGGUCAUACGAUCAUGCCACGCCAAGAGCCUUCCUUUGGGCCGUGAAUCUUGACCUAGGCCACGAAGGGGAUGGGAAUAUCAUACCGCGAACUGGGUUUGUUUGGUGGAUAUGGCGCCUUGCGGAAAAUCGUAUCACGCACAGCGCAGUGGAUUACUUACAUAAUACUGCAUUGUCGGCGGUUCAAUUCGCUUCGUUGAUUGCCUAUUGUAAAAAUUCUUCAUAUCCCAAGAAGUCAUGUGACAGUCAUGUGACUGAGCUGAUGCGUCACAAAUCGUCGCUAGAUCUCUGCAUGCUCUGGAAAACAUCUCCAUUUAAAGCAUGGUGGGAAGCACAUCGCACCUGGAAGGUAUCGCCGCCGCAGCCCCGAACUUCAACACCUGGUAUGGACCGUCCGAUGAUAUGCCACGACGACGCUAGAAUCGGCAGCAUCUACGCAUCGGACUUGAUCGGAGUAACAGUGGAUAGUCCGGCAUCCCUGCAUUUUCAUAGGUUUCAACGAAUAGCGCUGCUCAGAAUCGACGGUCCGCGUUUAGUGGCUAACACUCUGUAUCAACCUCAACAUCUGCCGAUCAAAAGCUCCUUGACGGUAAAACCACGCCAUCACACCAACAAAUGCACACCGACCUCCAAAAAUGCUGCAUGA